CCUACAGCCUGCCUGGCUUCCAAUUCCCUAAGGAUGGACUCUUCUGUUCCUGCUGCUGCCCCUGUCCCAGCCCUGGCCCUGGCCCUAGCUCCAGCCCUCCCGCAGGCCCCCGAGGCACUCCCUGGCCUAUUAAGUCCAUCACCACUUGCUUCCAGACAGCAUGUAGGUGGCAGUGAAAGAGGAGCUUGCCUUUGGAGGCCCUGGCUGUCCUCUACAAAUGACCCACCAACGGAGGUGAGGAAACUUAUAGACUCAGCUACUGGUGGGGCAACAGGUGCCAAAGUCACCAAGGCUAACUCCGAGUUCCAUCACCCUGUCAGGUUCUUCUGGCCUAAAUCCCACUCUUUUGACUACCUGUACAGUGAUGGGGAGAUUCUGCUGCAGAACUUCCCUGUCCAGGCCACCAUCAAUCUAUAUGAGGACUCAAACAGUGAAGAGGAGGAGGAAGAGGAAGAGGAAGAGGAAGAGGAAGAGGAAGAGGAGGAGGAGGAGGAAGAGGAGGAGGAAAAGGACAAAGAAGAGGAGAAAAAAGAGAAGGCAGAUGAAAAGGGGCUGGAAGAGUGUGUGAGGGCACCACACAUAGCCACAGCUCAUCCUCCUUUCCCACUCUUGAUGUGCCCAAACUGA